AUGAGAGGCCUCGCGGCUUGUUACAGCGAGCACGCCAUUAAAGUAUCAGAUGCCUACUGUUCCGGUCCUUCGAAUCAUUCUUACCUCUCUCCGACAUUACCACCUCCUUCGAUCCCCGACACAGUUACAACCACUUACAAAUCCUCCGACAAAGCCGUCUCUGUUUCGCUCACCUGGUCGGAUAAUCUCACCGUCGUGAUCUCGACGCCGCCGAAAUCGUACUCUGUUUCCCUCAGGAAACCGAAAGGGUCAAGAAAGCUGACUUCUUCCUCCGGUUCACUCAACGCCGAUAUCCUCUGGGAUCUAUCGGAGGCAGAGUACGAGAGCGCCGGACCCGAACCGACCAGAGGGUUCUCCGUCACCGUCGUGGUUAAUUCCGAGAUCACACUCCGAGUCGGCGACGUUGACCACGAGAGUCUGCGGCGUGACACGUCGUCGUGGACGGUCUCGAGAACGGAGAGAUUCUCGGGGACUUGUUCGAUGUCUACGAAGGCUCAGUUCUCCGACGGCGGAACUAAGCACGAGAUUCAGAUCCAAUGCGGCGGCGGAGGAGGAGGAGACGGUGGAGGAGAUGAAGGGUAUUUAUGGAAAUUGAAAAGUCCUGAAACGAUGUCGGUUUGGGUGGAUAAGAGGAAAGUGUUUCAGGUGAAGAAGCUCAAGUGGAAUUUCAGAGGGAACCAGACGAUGUUCUUCGAUGGAAUGCUCAUCGACAUGAUGUGGGACUUGCACGACUGGUUCUUCAGAGAAACGGCGUCGUCUUCUUCGACUUUUUCAUCGAAAACGACGUCGUCCUCCUCCUCUUCUUCCUCGUCGUCUUCUCCUCCGUGUGCCGUGUUUAUGUUCAGGAGGAGGAGUGGAUUAGACAGCAGAUUAUGGCUCGAGGAUGACGAAGAAGAGAACAACAAGAAGAUUGGAUUAAGAGAAGCCAAACAUUCGUUUUCGUUAAUCAUUUGUGUCUCCAAAAAGUGA